AUGUAUAAUUCGAAGUACGGUUUGCUCGAUAAGCCAAUUGUGAUUCAUACAGACAUCACGAGUACAAUGGCUCUUGUAAAGAAUCCUAACUACUAUGCGAGAACUAAGCAUACUAUACACCAAGCAGCCGAUGGUUUCACCAAGCCACUAGCAGCAACUGCUUUCCGCCGUUUUGUUGAUUAA